AUGUCCUUCCAGCAAAACGCCUACGUGCUUGGGGUGGGUCUCACCAAGUUCAUCAAGCCUCGCCAAUUGCGCACCUAUCCUGAGCUGGGCCUAGAAGCCGGUACCAAAGCUCUCUUGGACGCCCACAUCACAUACGACGAUGUUCAGACUGGCGUGGCAUGUUAUUGCUAUGGCGAAACCACGUCUGGCCAGCGCAUCUUCUACCAGUUUGGCAUGACCAACAUCCCCGUAUACAACACCAAUAAUGCCUGCGCUACUGGAUCCACGGGCCUGCAGCUGGCACGGACGCUGGUCCGGGGAGGCAUUGUCGACGUCGUCUUGGUGAUUGGGUUUGAGACCAUGAAGCCUGGCGCCAUCAAGAGUGUGUGGGAUGAUAGACCGAGCCCCAUGGGCUUAAGCACGAAGUUGAUGGAGGAGACAAGGGGAAAGCAUGACACGCCGACAAAUGCGCAAUACUUUGCCAAUGCUGGAUUGGAAUACAUGGAGAAAUAUGGCGCCUCAGCCCGCGACUUCGCCGAAAUCGGCCGCAUCUCUCACGAGCACUCUUCGCGCAACCCUUACGCCCAGUUCAACAACGUCUACACCCUCGAGGAGAUCGAGAAGUCGCCCAUGAUCCACUACCCACUGACCAAACUCCAAUGCUCGCCCACCUCUGACGGCGCGGGGGCGGCGGUCAUCGUGUCUCAGCGCUUCCUCGAGUCUCGACCUGAACUCAAGUCCCGCGCUAUCCUGAUGGCCGGACAAUCUCUGAUGACGGAUUCUCCUAGUCUGUUCUCGCGCUCCCCGAUGGACCUCGUGGGCUUCGACAUGACUCGACGUGCGGCCAAGGCUGCCCUCGCCGAGGCAGGUGUGUCCGCCCGAGACGUCAAGGUGUGCGAAGUGCACGACUGCUUCUCCACCAACGAACUCAUUCUGCUCGAGGGUCUUGGGUUCUGCGACCAAGGCAAGGCCCACCUCAUGGUGAGGAACGGGGAUAUCACGUACGGUGGCAAGGGACCCGUUGUGAAUCCCUCUGGAGGGUUGAUCUCCAAGGGCCAUCCUCUAGGAGCCACUGGCCUCGCCCAAUGCGCCGAGCUCGCGUGGCAACUGCGCGGAUGGGCCAACAACGGCCGUCUGGUCAAGGACAUCGACGUCGCGCUGCAGCACAACCUCGGCCUCGGCGGCGCCGUCGUCGUCACCAUCUACAAACGCGCCGACGGGCGCAAGAACACCGACGUUACGGAGACCGACGCCCAGAUCGCCCAGGAGAGCGGUGUCGGGUAUAACCCCGCCGUCGAGGCCCGGGGCAUCACCCUCGCCGAUUUUGAAAAGAUCAAGAGCAAAAAGGCCCCCUCCGCGUAUGCCCUCGGCGAGACGGCCGAGAAGUUGCAGGCCAGGCUGUGA